AUGCGCACACUCGUCUUUCUCAGUGUUUUCCUGAUACAGUCUGUCAACGCUGCCUACGUUGACGACCUUCGACGUCUGUACAACGAAGUGAUUGACGUCAACAAUCCCUGGCUACGCCCUGCUCUAAACAACCUUCCUACAAAGGUAUCAAUCAUUUUCUUCUCACUGUCCUCCAUCUCCCUCGAUGACGUCACGCAGACGAUGUCUUCAUCCGGGUAUCUUUGUGUCACCUGGCUGGACGAGUUCCUGAACUGGCCAGCGGGUAACUACAGUGGCAUAAGCAGCCUCUAUCCAAACCCGAACAAAAUAUGGCGUCCGACCCUUGCCGUGAAAAACUCCAUCGAGAAAGCGACGCCAUUCCGGGCCGACUUCAUGUACACCACGGUCACGGCUAACGGGGAAGUGCUGUGGUACCCUGGUGACGUGUUCCAGACUGUUUGUGAAAUGGACGUUUCAAAGUUCCCAUUUGAUACCCAUGUUUGUAACAUAGACUUGACCCUAUGGCGUUCAACACCAACGGAGGUAGAUCUUCUGCUCUCAAGUGGUAUGAAAUUUAAUAUGGACGAAUUUGUGGAAAACAAUCUUUGGCAACUUGUCGAGCAGAAGGCAGAGCGAAUCAACAAUAAUAAAUCCUACCCAUUCGUGAGACUGACCUUCACCUUGAGACGGCUGCCUCGCACCUACAUCACAAACGUCGUGGCCCCCAUCUUUGCAAUCGCUCUCCUGAACGUCUUCGUCUUCCUCAUCCCCUCCCAGAGCGGAGAGAAGAUCCAGUUUGGCAUCAUGGUCCUCCUGGCAUACGCCAUAUUUAUGAGCUACUCCGCAGAGACGCUGCCUCAAAGCUGGAACACGUCCUCCACCAUCGGCAACUAUUUCCUUGUCCUUGAAGUGUUCUGCGUCAUCUACAUUCUCCUCAGCAUCCUUUCCGCCACCAUCUACGCCCGCGAGGACUUCCACCACGGCAUCUCACCAACCCUGGCGCGUGUGGUGGAAAAAAUGGAGAAGAUCUUCCUCUGUAGAUGCUGCAAGAAGAGACCGUCAAGCUCAUCCACCAUUGAAGUCUCCCCAGCAGAUGAACCGUGCUCCCAUAACGGGAGGGAGCUGGAGUUUGGGACCAAGAGACCACUUCCGGUCAGACGUAUUCCAGAGAGGAUUGAGAUGAACUGGAAGAGGGUGAGCAGGGCUUUCGACAUGCUCUUCUUCUGGCUGUUCCUGAUCAUCGUCAUCCUCAGCAUGAUCGGUGUCAUGAGCUACAUCACACCAAUGAUCAACUUCGACAACGUCAAAUCAACUUUUAAGAACUGA